UUGUGAGGUAUAUUAAAUCGAUAAUUCCGCGGUCACCCUGUCCCUUCCUCUUUUCAGCCUUUUUCCGGUCGGUUUACGGAGCUGCCAUCAACAUGCGGACGAUUAACUCGAACCAAUGUGUCAAAAUCCCCAAGGACAUCAAGGCCUCGGUGAAGGCUCGUGUGGUGACCAUUACUGGUACCCGCGGCGUUCUGAAACGUAGCUUCAAGCAUUUGGCUCUGGACAUGUACAUGUCCGACAAACGUACGUUGAAAGUGGAGAAGUGGUUUGGCACAAAGAAGGAGCUUGCCGCCGUACGUACCGUCUGCAGUCAUAUUGAGAAUAUGAUUAAAGGAGUGACGUUUGGCUUCCAAUACAAGAUGCGUGCCGUGUAUGCCCAUUUCCCCAUUAACUGUGUCACUUCCGAAAACAACUCGGUUAUCGAAAUCAGGAACUUUUUGGGUGAAAAGUACAUUCGCCGUGUAGAAAUGGCACCUGGUGUGACUGUCGUCAACUCCACAGCCCAAAAGGAUGAGCUUAUCGUUGAGGGUAACGAUAUUGAGUCUGUUUCUGGAUCAGCAGCGCUCAUUCAACAAUCGACCACCGUCAAGAAUAAGGAUAUCCGUAAAUUCCUUGACGGUCUUUAUGUCUCUGAAAAGACGACCGUUGUUAAGGUGGAAUCUUAGACUAUAGACAUAUUGUGUUUCUACCUGAAAUUGUAAUAAAAAACUGGCCGAAACUCAAUGCGUAUGACAA